UUGAGGAGUAUGAUGUCAAACAUUCAGGAAGAGAGUCAGAAGUGGGUGCUCCCUGUGAGUUCCUGCUACAUAUCAGCUUCAGGGUCACUUAACAUAUCAAUUUGCAGGCAACAUGCCUUCAAGAAAGUCUUACAAAACGUCAAAGAUGAAGGAAGUUGCUAUGGUUGCAAGAACUUUAAUGGAAUUCAGGAGGUGGUACUUAAUUAUGCAGCUGGUGUCUGCCAUGAUGAUGCUUCUGCUUUGACACUAACCCAGUUGAGGGCAUUGCUCAUUUGCAAUCAUUUAGAAGUGAUGCUCAAAUCAUUGAGGCGCAGUGUCCAUCGUGUAAAACAACCCACAGCUAAGGAAACAUCUUGGAUUGAUACCGCUUUCAGCUUCAGCAUUCCUGAAGAAAAUAAACAGAAUUUAGAAAAAUUUGAUAAGCGGCUUAAGGACUCGCUAGCAGAAAGUAAGUUCCGAGUGCCAAUCAAGGAAACUAUUGAAGGAGGUGUCAGUACAGAAGAUGUUGAACUUAGAAAUUCUGAUAUUUCACUUGAAGUGAAAGACUUUGUAACAGAACAGAAACAAGUUGGGAAGAAUUACAUUAAAAAUAUAAAAAUAAUAUCAGUCAAUGAAAUGGGAACAGAAUUAACUCUUCUUCAGGAACUUUCAAUGAUAGAAUCAGUUGUUGAUUCUCUUAAACCAGCGGAUGAUAUUGUUGUACUGCAUGUCACCAGUCAUGACAAAGAGUACAAACAACAGUGUUUAGAUAUCUUGUUCAGAAUUGGCUCUCAGCAUGCAAACAGGUGCCAACAUCUCCACCUGGUUCAUGGACAGGUACAUACAGAGAACAUGGGACCACCUGGCAGUAAAAUGCAAAUGACCGCUGAGAAAUUUUAUAAUCUACGGAAGUUGCAAAUGAGGAAAGCAUCUGAGGUCAAACAUGGAGACACAGUAAAAGGUAAACUAUGGGAUGCCAGAAUAAACAACCUGACAUCAGCAUCAGUGAAAUUUGAGCUUCUUGGAACUUCUCAUCAACAAACAAUCAAGCUGGAUUUAGGACAGCAGGUGGAUGGUGAAAGGUCACAAAGUAAAGAUGGUGUAUUUGUCAUGUACAACUAUGCUAGAUUGUCAACUUUAUUCAAAAAGUUUGAGGAGAGGGUCAACCAAGGCUUCUAUCCAUCUUUACCAAAUAUAUCAGAGGUAGAUUUUAACCUGCUGAGAGAGGAAGAGGAGUGGCAUCUUUUCUUCCAGUACAUCUUACCAUACCCCGACAUCAUUACAGAGGUGUUGGAACCAGUUUUCCAUUCAGUUGGUCCUCGAAUUCAGCUACAGACACACAAGGUGUGUGGGUUUUUGGUGAACUUAAGUCGAGACCUUAGUGCCUACUACAGCAGAACCCAUGUUUUAAGCGAGGCCAGAGCCCACCUGCUUCCUGUAAUGUUUGCUAGGUUACACCUGCUGAAGGCGAUAAAACAAAUCAUGGAUAAUUCUCUGAAACUCAUUGAUAUUGAACCAUUGCAGGAAAUGUAGGCCUAAUUUCUUGAGAAGCAAACUAGAUACAGAAUUUAAUUUAGUUUCAGAAGCAUUUAUGUGAGGUACCAAAAUUGAUGAGAUACAAACACUUGUAGGGUUUCUUUGGGCAUCACACUGAUAGCUUGGGGUUGAGCAUAACUUUUUCUGCUAUUAUGAAUAUUUUUAUUCCUUCAAUUUAAAAAUUAAAAAUCAUUAGUUCACUGCAAUUUUGUGUAAACAUACUGUACAGUAUGCAUGUAAAUUAAUGAAUGUUUUUGAAAAAGUAAAGAAAAUUUGCUGAUGUUAAAAAGGAAAACACAAUAUAAUCAUGUUAUACAUCACUGUACAUAAUGAUUUUAGCUUUGUAAUAAAUUUUAGUUUCAAAGGGUAAGAUAUAUUCUUCUUAAAGUGCAAUAAAUAAACAGUAAAAUA